AUGGCGUCCGAUCCCUCAAAAUCUCAGUACGCUGCUGCAUCUCAUGUACCUCUUAUCCAAUCUCCCAGUCUGCGUGUGCCUCGACCCGUAGAGAUGCCCCCAGAUAUUCAUCCUCUACCAGAUAGCGUCACAGAAUACUUUGUAUACCCGUUCACGCUAGAGCCGCAUAUAAUCAUGUUAGAAUCAUCCAGACGACAAACAAUUGCAGCCCACGCGGCCCGUCGGGAAGCACUCCUCCGUGCGCGAGAGGAGGACAAGGAGCGUAGGAAGCGGGAGGCACUGAGGAGGAUCGCACCUGGGUUCGAGCCAAGAGGCACGCCUCUAGUACCAACCAGGGUGAGUGCCCCUUUGGAGCCGGGCAUUGGACAUGGCAGUGCGUCGGAAGGAGGAGGUAGGGUGAGAAACGCGAUGGAGGAUUUGGUAGACGGUUUGGAGGCUUUGGAAUCUGCAUCGAAAACAUCGUAG